ACCAGUGUGGCGUGCGCAUCUCAUCUGCGCUGCCCCUACGCGUACAGAUUGUGUGUUCUUAAGAAAAUAGUGAUUUUAAAGUCGUGCAAAGUUAGAAAUCUCACCGCAUCUAAUAAUUAACUAUUUCUUUUUAGCAUUUUUGGCCGUCGCGGUCAAAUCUAGUUUUUUGCCGGACCAAUGUAUAUAGACGCGUUUAAACGGAUGAUAUUUGAACGCCUCAGUUGUUUGAAGAGAAUGUGUGUAUGUCAGCGACAAUGCAGUUCAUUUGCCAUGUCUAAGGUUGCAGUGAAGAAACUGCAUUGGCGCUCUAAAGUGCAGGAGACCUUCAUACCGCUGGUGGGCAGCUCGGGGGAGCUGGGUGUGGCCAUAGGAGGCGGGGCUGAUUAUGGAGAGUUCCCAUUUGUCACCGCUGCGCCUGGAGGAGGGAUCACUGUUGGAGAUAUCAUAAUAGAAAUCGGAGGAACGUCUGUUUUGGGCCUGACCUUAGGAGAUGUGCGCGGGGUCCUAAACUCCUGUCCCCAUCCCAUCCGCAUCAAAACCGUUUCUCCAGGUUCGACUCUAUGCAAGGACUUGAGGUUAUAUCUGAGCAAAUGUUUCACGCCUGGUUCUGUGGACAGUCAGCUCCAGCAGAUCAUCAGAGAAAACCUUUAUCUGAGAGCCGUGCCCUGUACAACUAGACAGCCGCGGGACGGGGAGAUCACAGGAGUCGACUAUAACUUUGUCUCGGUUGAAGAGUUCUUCUCGCUUGAGGAGUCUGGAGCGCUGCUGGAGAGCGGCAAGUUCAAAGGAAAUUACUAUGGAACCCCUCGCCCGGUCCACAUCAAUCCUGAUAGUCCUCCCAUCACCUACCAGGAGCACAGGAACCUGCUGAGGAAAUUCCGUACCCGCAGCAAGUCUCUCAGCAAUCUGGAGAAAGCAGGCGAGGAGGGUGACAACAGCGAGGAGGACUCAGGGCUGUCAGCUUACAUAAAUUUGGUCAACUAUUCUAAAGGAGGUUCAGCAGGGGCGAGCAGUGUCCCCGCCCACACUUCAUCCCGAAGCCAAUCACGAAAUUCCAGUAGAGGAGACAGCAGUGCCUUGGAAAAUGGAGUCGAGCCCCGUAGAUGUGGACGGGUAACAGAAAACUGGGAGAUGAUGUACAGCGACUCAGGGAAUCCCUACUACAAAGACCAUCAUCUGAAGCUGUCUUCUUGGUGUAGCCGCCAAACUCACAGCAGAGAAAACAUCCCAAUGAACGAAAUGGCAGAGUUUACAGAUCAGCCAGGUGAACUGAAAGGCUUUUCUGUUCACACCAGUCUGGUAAAGGGCUCAAGGGGCUUCGGUUUUAACAUUGUGGGUGGCAGUAGGCCUCAGGAGUUCCUGCAGAUCUACAGCAUCACUUCUGGAGGACCUUCCACCCUUAAAACCGCGGACAUUCUGGUGUACAUCAAUGAUACCUGCGUGCUUGGCUGGUCUCACAAAGAGGUUGUGGAGAUGUUAAAAGUUCUUCCAGUGGGUCAUACUGUGGACUUUGUGGUGCGUCGGGGUUACCCCAUGCUUUUUAACUCUGAUGGCAGUCCGAAGAUGCCCCACCGUAGGUUGACGGCUUCUCCAGGCCGUGACUCACAGUCACUACAUCUACCUCCACCAACCACCACACAACCCAGAGCUCAAGCUCCCCUCCCUUAUGCUCAGCUACACCUCAACCACAACAGUCCAUCAUGGUCUGACUUUGAGAGAGGCUCCUCGAGACAUCUCCGAGCACGGCAGUCAAGGUUGAGUCUGGAUGCUAACGGUAAUUCAUCUCCUUAUGGUUCGCCCUCAAGAGCUCCUUACCCAUACAUGAAUGGUUACGGGAGUGGCUACAUGAGACCGCAGCGCUCCUCAAGAGGGAUUGGAAGUUUACAGAAUGCAGAUCUGGCCAGCCAAAGUGACAGUGAAGUGGUGUCUGCUAUUGGAUCACACAGGGCCUCUUUUAUCCGCAACCACAAUAACAACACAAUGUCCACUCCACCACCUCGCCGUCUAUACUCCAACAACAAAUCUUCUGAAAGUGACCUUUCCUCGUGCACUCCACCACCCACGUCGCGGUUGCCCCUGCCCCACACAGAAAUAAGUCCCGGCCCGCUUUCCUUUUCCCCCGGAAGAGAAAGACGCUACUCGCAUCUCCGUCAGCAUGCGUUGCUGACCCCGCCCAACAGCGCCCAUUCAGAUGGGCCUUACUUCACUUUCAAUGGGACGGCCAGCGCCAGCAGCAGUCCAAUCAGCAGCAUCCCGUCACCGGGAGCCAUGAGCAGCAUCAUCGGCAGUGGAUUUCCUGGAAUUGGGGAAUUAGUCCCUGUUGUCUUGGCUAAGUGCGAAAGAGGGAGCAACAUGGGGUUCAGUGUCACAGCCGGAGGUCACGGAGGCAGACAGACGCUCGUGAAGAAGGUCUGGGACCCAAGACAGUGUAUCGGACUUCAGUCGGGAGAUGCUAUUGUGAAGAUCAAUGGAGCGGAUGUACAGAGUCUCAGUUUUGCACAGGUCCAAAGGAUUCUGCAGGAACACACAAAAAAAGGAGAGGUUAUUGUGCUAGUUUACAGAGGGGGUCCCUCACAUUACUCCAUUUCCCCUAAUUCAGUGCGUCGACUAACUCCUCCCCCUCCACGCUCCGCCUCGGACUCAGAAGUUCCUUACACAGACUCCACCCCAUUAGCGUGCAACUCUCUAACCCCGCCCUCUCCAGCACUGGUGCGCUCCUCAUUGGUUCAAAGCACCAGCUUUCUGGAUUCCGUACCUGUCACUCUCACGCUUGAGCCACGGGAUUGGAUGAGUUCAGAGGAAGGCGGGACAAUGCUCAGUCCAAGAGUUAAAACGGAAGAGAAAGAACGCACUAAUCUAAGAGGAUAUGAGGUGGAGCUAAAGAGGAAGUCAGGUGAAGGAUUUGGAUUUGUUAUCGCCUCUCAGGAUGUGGAAAAUGGCAAAGCAGCGUCUCUGCUCCCUCACAGGUUUGUGACAGUACGCAGAGGCAGCCCGGCCGCCCGCAGCGGUCAGAUCAGGCCCGGGGAUCGCCUGGAGGCAGUUGAUGGGAGAUCAGUGGUUAAUUUACCCCACAGAGAGCUGGCUCAGAUCCUGCGGAGAGCUGGAAACUCACUGCGCUUAACCAUUGUACCACGCUCCAGUGCUCAUUCUUCAGAGAAUGCUGACCAUGACCCUGAUUCUAAGAACAGGAAAUCUCACAGGUCAAAAUCAAAGGACGCCUCGCGCUACUACAGUGUGGAGCUGGAGAGAGGGUCCACAGGGUUUGGCUUUAGUCUCAGAGGAGGGAGUGAAUAUAACAUGGGCCUCUAUGUGCUGGGGCUGAUGGAGGGAGGACCAGCCUCACGCAGCCACAAAAUACAGGUGAGCGAUCAGCUGGUGGAGAUCAAUGGUAACAGUACUGCAGGAAUGAGUCACGCUCAGGCUGUUGAGCAGAUCAGAACUGGAGGGAUCAGGAUACACCUCGUCUUCAAACGGGGCAAUGGAUAUGUCCCUGACUACGACCGUGAUCACGUCGCAGCCGUCUCCUCCUCACCCCCGGCCCUGCAGUCGGGUCUGGCUGCAGUGACCCGUGGCCGCGCCCAACGGGAUGCCAAAUCCAGCGUUCCAAAACCAGUGAAGACCAAGAGGGGGCGGAGACAACAGAAGGGGUGGGGAAGCGAUGAAGGAGACCGAGAGAGCCCUGACAGUCACAAGGGCAGAAAUCAAAGCAGUGAGUGGAAGUUUGAAGAUGAAAGGAGGAAACGCAGGUCACAAAGCUUGCCCAGAGACAUACUGAAAGGACAGAGUAAAGAAAAAAUGGAGCUACAAAUUGUUAAGGAAGAGAAAUGGAAGAAAAAGAAUGAAAAGAGAAGAGAAAACAGGCCAAGCAGGAGCGAAGAGACGGUGAGAUGGGAGAGCAGCGAGAGCGAGGGAGCUGUGGAAAUGGACGAAAGUCAGAACACACAAAACAUCCAUAACCAGAGACUUCCUGAACCUAAACUGCAGUGGGAGGAAGAAGAUCAGUGGGAGUGGGACAGAGAGUGGAAGAGAGAGAGAGAACAGCCGAGGCACAAUUCAGAGAGCGACAGAGAGGAAGAUUGGGAAAGAGAGAAUGAGAGAAAGGUUAAAAAUGAAUUGCGAGAUUGGGAGUUGAAUGGAAAAACUGAAGGAGGGAUACCUUACCAAAAAAACAAAGAUAGAGUAGAAAGUAGUCGUAGGUCUCGUCCUUUUUCAGGUGUCCUUGUCCUGCCUCCAGCAGUUCAGCCCCGCCCACUUCGUCCAAGCAAGUCCUUAUUUGGGCUUUCUCGUGAAGGGAAGCCGGAAUUCAAUCAGAUCCCGUUUGAUUUUCUAGCAUGUGCUACAUCCGACUACGACGAUUCCGAGUCAGGAACCAGUGUAUCUGAUGGUAGUGUUUCGGCAGCCAGUAUCUCUGGUCUUUCUGCAUAUUUUAAUGAAACACUGAACACAAAAUUCUCUCAGAGGACCACAGGACCCCCACUUCCAGGCCCCUGGCUAAAACCCACCUCACAUAGACACAUUAGAGAAGACAAGAGGAUGCAAAUAGUAGGGAGACGUAGAGAGGCAGAGACUUAAUUUUAUCCGAUUUUGAUGUUUACUAAAGCAAGCAUUACUGAAUCGAAAGGGAUUUAAAGCCGCUUAUAUGAAACACUCAACUCAAAAUUUUGCUGCUGGGUACCAUUUUGGGAGAAAUGCACACGUAAAAAUACAGUAAGGAUGACAGGAAACCUGCUAUUUUAUUUUCCAACAUAUAGAUGGCGAUAGAGAGGCAAAGUUACGGAUUGAAGUUUUUAACCAUUUUUUUAAGCAAGCGGCUUCAUUUCCUAAAUAAAAUGUUACGGUUAACAGUAUGAUCAUAAAAGAAUAAUUUGUGUACAAUAGUCAGUCCACGUCUAAUUUCGUAAAUAUGUUAAGUGAUUAUAAAUAAAAAGGUUAGUUAAUAUAUUUUAUGUAAUUGAAAUACACAGCAGGAUACUUUAAAGCGUUUUAAAGCUCUCACUCCAGCUUUCUCUCUCCCGCUCUUCUCUCUCCAUCUCUUGUUCUUCAUAAAGAAAGUCUGCAGUCAUAAACUCACCACGCAUCUUUUAUUUUUAUAUCAGAAUGUUUGUAUUGUAUUUUCACUUGGUAUCUAAAGAGCCAAAUAUUCUUUUUACAUUUUAUAGUGUCCUAAGUCCAACUUUAACUUUCAGUACUUCACACUACCCAUCAUCCCCAACUAAUCAACUCAAUUCCGGAUGAUUUUAGCGCUUGUUGUGCAUUAUUCCUUGAAAACAAGUGCAAUCUUGAUCUCCUCUAAACUGUCUCCUGAGGGAAAUAUUCUUGUCAAUUUUAAUGAAUGGUAUAUAUAUACACACUGUAUGUAUGUAUGUAAAAGUGUUAAGAGGCCAUUUAUUUGUCAGUUUC